AUGUUAGCCUAUGCAAAAUUCCUGAAGGAAAUCCUUUCAAGUAAAAGAAAACUCGAGGAAACGAAAGUGGUCAAACUCAAUGCCCACUGCAGUGCCAUUCUACAAAAUAAAAUUUCUCAAAAGUGUGGGAAUCCUGGUAGUUUCACUAUACCAUGCUCAUUAGAGAGCAAAUAUUUUGACAAGGUCUUGUGCGAUUCAGGUGCAUCCAUUAACUUGAUGCCAUUAUCGGUGUUCAAGAAAUUGGAGGGAGAACUAGGAGUGAUCAAAUCUGUGUCGGUAUCAUUGCAACUAGCUGGUCAGACCACGAUCAUACCGGAGGUCAUAAGUGAGGACAUUCCGGUGAGGGUGGACAAAUUUGUCUUCCCAGUAGACUUCAUCGUAGUAGACAUGGAAGUGAAUAAGGAGGUACCUCUAAUACUGGGGAGACCAUUCCUUUGCACUGGUCGGGUUCUUAAUAUAUAUGAGGGGCAACUCAUGCUACGAGUGGAAAAUAAAAAAGUGGUAUUUCAAAUGAAGAGAAUGAUGAAAUACCCGUAUAAUGAGGCAUUUGCCUAUGCUUGUCUCAAACUGGAUGUUGUGGGAGAGUUAGCUGAACAACACGAGCUGGAUAAGCUGGUAGGUGAUUCAUUAGAGAGAUGUAUUAGUCAAUCAAGCACAACAGAGGAUGAAGAUCCUGAGAUCAGGAAGAAAGUUAAGGCAUUGGAAGAUGAGAACCAGGUGGUAGAUGAGAAGAAUUCGAGAAAGAAAAGAUCAAGCCGAAGCUGGAAUUAA